UCCUUCAGGUAGGAGGUCCUGGGUGACUUUGGACGUCCGCUCCUGAUCUGCGCAGAUCCUGCUUAGUCCCCGACCUUGCAGGUUAAUUUUCUUUGCCCUCUAGGCUCGAGGCCUUUGUGGCUACCAUGCUCCGCCAGAUCAUCACGCAGGCCAAGAAGCAUCCUAGCUUGAUCCCCCUCUUUGUAUUUAUUGGUGCCGGAGGUACUGGAGCAGCACUGUAUGUCACACGCCUGGCAUUGUUCAAUCCAGAUGUCAGUUGGGACAGGAAGAAUAACCCAGAACCCUGGAAUAAACUGGGUCCCAAUGAUCAAUACAAGUUCUUUGCGGUGAAUGUAGAUUACAGCAAACUGAAGAAAGAAGGUCCAGACUUCUAAAUGAAAUGUUUCACUAUAAAGCUGCUUAGAAUGAAGGUCUUCCAGAAGCCAUCCGCACAAUUUUCCACUUAACCAGGAAAUAUUUCCCCUCUAAAUGCACGAAAUCAUGUUGUAUUGUAUUGGGGUUUACACUGAUUAAUAAAUAAUCUGAAACUUGA